GGGAUUUGUAGUUUCUUACGGUGCGUAACUGCGUCAGCGGAAGUACUUUGAGCGUAGGCGAGAUAGGUCACAUUGGUUCUGUUUUGUAAUGUUUUGAGAGACAUUGCCACAAUGGAAGCAGCUAACGCAAAGGAGAUCCCACUGAGGCAUGUGGAGACAGAUGUCCUGAUCCCCAAAAUGAUGAGGGAGAAAGCCAAGGAGAUCUGUGUUGAGAAAGUUGAAGCCUUCAACCACUGCUGUAAAGAGUCCGGUUUCUUCAUGGUGUUCAAGUGUCGAGAGCAGAAUGCAGCACUGAAGGAAUGUCUGACGUUACACUACAAGGACCCUGCGUUCUAUGAACUGUGUAAGCAGGAGUACAUCCAAGAGAAACUGGAGUUUCUGAGGACAGGGGUCCCAUCAAAGAACAGGAAACAAAAACUCCCAGUUAGCAUGUAAUGAACAACAUGACACACAAUCAACCCCCCCCCCCCCCC